CCUGCGCAUGCGCGGUCUGAGGCGGACAUGGAUUCGGGAGAAACUGAUUGAGGCGAGCUCGCAGGGUGGAGGGAGGAAGUUUUCCCAGGCGCCGUGUGUAGACUCUGCGAGGAAAAGAAAGAAAAACAGAAUUCUUUUAAGAAUAGAAUGGAUUCUUAUAGAGGAAUAUGUGUGGUGGUUGAAUGAGCGUUAUAGCGAGGAAGAGGAGUUUAAAAGAUGGAUGAACUGGAAUAAUCCAGUUGUGAAGAAUCAUCUCUGGAGCUCGCGCUGUGUGAACUGACUGAGUUCAGUGAAUUAAUAUUAGCAUUAGCAAGAUGGUGUUAAUGAUUUAGCAAGCAAGCUGUUAGAAAGUUGGAAGUGGACACAGCUCAUAAUGCGGUUUAAUGAGAAAGAGCUGGUGUUCCUGAGCCGCCAGCCGUCAGAGAGAGCAGCAGAGCUGGGCAUGAAGGGACCAAAGAAAGGCGAUGUUAUGAAGAAGAGACUGGUCAAGCUGAUAGUAAAUUUCCUGUUUUACUUUCGCACCUAUGAGGAGGAGCCAAUUGGGGCUUUGCUUCUGGAGCAAUGUCGAGUUGAGAGAGAAGAUGAUCUCGCUUUCUCCAUCACUUUCCUCGAUGAGGCAGAGAGGAAGUACCUGUUUGAGUGUAACACUCAGGAGCAAUGUGUCGAAUGGAUGGAUGCUAUUAUAAAAGCCAGCUAUGAGUUUAUGCGCAAGAACCUCAUCUUCUAUCGAGCUGAGAUCCAUCGACUGACUGGCAAGGACCCGUUGGAGCAGUACGGGAUUUCAGACGAGACACGCUUCCAGGUGAGCAGCGCGCUCCCUCCUCCACCUCCUUAACGACGCUCAGCGAGUCAGUACUUCGAUCUGCUUUGUGCAAGACAUUUUCAUUUUGAAUGAAUCGAUACUGCUGUCAUUUCUGUCUUCAUAUGAGAACAUGGGGUCGCAACACUUCUUCAUUUUAUUGGUACGUGAAAAAGGCUACUAUCACUGUUUAUUUUUAAUUCUCGUACUGUUAGGAAUGUGAGCUGAGUGAGCCAGUAGCAGUGUGUUUUUAAUGAGAUCAUUCUUUUUAUGCAUUUUCAGUGGGUCACUGUUCGCUUCACAGGUAUCAAUUAAAAAAAAAAAAUGCACGCGGACACAGGUUGGUUUGGCCACUGGUGUAUACAGAAGCAGUUUGAGCUUUUGUUGUGGGCGUCUGGUAGGUUUCACUUCAUGAAACUGUGUGUGCUCCGUGCAGUGCUGUUUUGCAUGAUGUGCCACACAGCAAACUGUACUGAACCAUUUCCUGUGACCUAUGAUUAUGAUCGUGACUACAUGGCCAUUCUUUUGUGGUUUGUAUGUCGGGUGUAAUGAAUAAUUUUAUCAAGCCUAAUAUUCAGUGAAUAAGUACAGCAGAAUGUUACCUUAGUCUUAGUUUUGAUCUUAUUUUGCCUUUCCUUUUUUUAAGUUGUAAAUUCAUGCCUAUAAAGUGCAAAGCUACCAAGCUGUUAUUCUGUAACACCAGAUGUUUGAUUUGUCGAGAAAUAAUCAUUAUGAUCAUUUGUAUAUCAUGGGCAUUAAAUGUAAAACAGAGCAAUUUUAGAUUCACCAAAAUCAGAUUUACAGAUAUUUGGUGUUUGGAUGUCUGCCCCCCCCCCCCCCCCCCCCCUUUUUUUUUCUUUUUGUAAGAAUUUUUCACACUGUGUAGAAUUAUAGUACAGUGUCAAAACUGUGGUGCCCCCCCCCCC